AUGGGAAGGGACGCAAAUUUUGAAGAUCCUUCGUUUGUCGCGGUAGAUGUUCAGCAAAAUGUGGAACAUGAUUUGGUGAAUCGAAUGCAUAGUGUCUCAAACAAUAAUGCACUUGAAACACAUGAGUAUGAUAACGGGAGUGCACCAUUAGAUGAGAACUUGGAUAACCCAUCACCUAGUUUAGAGGCUGCUAAUUCUGUUGACGUCGAGGACGAGCACUCUUUGUCACAUUCGAACGAUUCGGAUGGAUAUGAAUUGAUGAGAACUGUGAAUACAUCCGAUCUUUCCGAAAAGGAAAUAUUCUUCAGCAAGAAAGAGUUAUUCCAUUACUUCUUCCUAACUUUUGGUGCAAGCAUUCGUGGUUACAUGCAGUACUUGAGGCCCGUAGUUUGCGUUGACGGUAGUCACUUGAAAGGUCCAUACAAGGGUACACUUUUACUGGCAACUGCCCAAGAUGCGAACAAACAGAUUUAUCCCUUAGCGUGGGGGAUUGUGGAUUCCGAAACGAACCGAUCUUGGAUGUGGUUUAUGUCUAACUUGAAAGAUCUUAUAGGAGACUCAGAUGUACUUGUAUUUGUUUCGGACAGGAAAAGAAGUAUCGAAAGAGCUAUUACUCACUUAUUUCCUUUGUCUCGUCAUUGUUGUUGUAUGUGGCAUGUGGAGAAGAACCUAAUUCGGCGGCACUGUAACGCAAGUUCAAUAUUCCUGUUCAAACGAGCUGCUACGACUUAUCGGGUCGAAGAGUUCGAACGACUAAUGGGACAGAUUCGUAGGGUGAGUGAAAGAUGUUACAGGUAUUUGGAGAAAGCCGGUUUUUCAUUCUGGUCACGAGCACUAUUCGUGGGAGACCGAUACAACAUUAUGACAAACAACAACGCGGAAUCAUUGAACUCGAUGCUGAGACAUGCUCGUUCGUUGCCAAUCACGUGUUUGGUCGAGCACAUUCGUAAAAUAAUGCAGAGGUGGUUUUACGAACGUCGAAGCAAUGCAACCGCAUGUAGUACUAUAUUAUCGUCGAGGAUGGAGAACGAGUUACAAACAUUUGAAGCUGGUACUAGGCUUCGAGACCAUCAGUUGACAAACAGCUUGACCCAGGUUGGAAUAUCCAACGAUACGGAGAUAGUGGACUUCUCCGAUAACACGUGCACAUGUCGUGAGUUUCAACUAAAUCGUAUGCCAUGUGCUCAUGCAACUCAUGGGGCUACCCUGAGUGGUAAGUCAUUAUACGAUCUAUGCUCUCCGUACUAUACAUCGAAAUACUGGAGGGGUGCCUAUAUGGAAGUCAUAUAUCCCGUUACACGGGAAGUGGAUUGGGUAGUUCCAAAUGAAAUCCUAGGCACUCAUAUUUUGCCACCGACCGUACGUCGUCCUCUAGGUAGACCACCGACGCGACGUAAGCGAGCUAGAUACGAGUCCACUUCCCAACUGAGGAAAUGCACUCGAUGUGGGAGACUUGGUCAUAACCGGACCACAUUUGGGAACAACAGCGGCUUGAAAACCUACACUACUGCAGUUGCCUAUUAUGGAGAUGCAGUUUCUGCACGUAUCCAGCGAACGUGA